GCUAAUUCAUUUCAUGGCACAACAAAGUUCCUAUUUCUUUCAUUCAUGAAUAACAUUGAUACAAUUACUACCAAUAUAGGUGACUAUAACUGACUUUUUUAUCAAGUGAAAAGACAAGAGAAUCUUGGAAACCUUUCCUCUUUUACUGUGCAAGGGGUUGUGGUAUAUAUUACCCCAAAAAGCAUGCACGGAUGCAUACUUAGAAACUCCACCAGAAAUAGGCACAAUGUAACCGUAAAAAGUUUUAUUUUAGGCUUAAAAUAAAAUGUAGCUACUGAAGCUUGUAGCUACUGAAGCUUGUAGCUACUGAAGCUUGUAGCGACCCUCGAACACGGUGGUCAACCAAGUGAAGUUGAUCGACAGGAGUGUUUCCAUCAAUCUGCAGGACGAUGAGCCAGAGUCUCAUCCUUUCGGGGUCGGGGAACGGAAGUCUGUGAAAAGGGAUCCUUGAGCUGGAUUUAAUUUUAUCACCACCACUGGGAACCUCACGUUGUCGAACCAUUGUGAUGAAUUCCCGUGAAUUCUGAUUGUUGCUAGCUAGUGAAUUCAAAGUGAAUUUAGCGGGUAUCCCCUUGCAUCGCAGCCAAUUCCAUCACUGAUCAUUGUGUUCAUACACUCACACAGAAACUGCAAAGCUUUAUGCCUUUGUGAUUUUCUUUAUUUUAGAAACAGAAAAUACCCAAUUAAAACAGUAUUAAAGAAACAAGUGAUAUGAAACAAAUUAUAACUACAGUAUACAUAAGAGUAUUGUACUGAAAAACGGUAUUACAGAAACCUUAGUCCAAGAUGCAUAAUGAAGCAUUGUCCUACAGCCUUACUCACCGUGCCUUUCAUGCAGCAAACGUGUGACAUAAAAUACAUUUUAAAUAAGAGUAUUGCACAAAAACAAACUAUAUUAUAGAAACCUCAGUGCAAUAUGCCUAAUCUAGCAUUGUUCUACAGCCUGAAACCUGAAGCCUUUUAUUUUAUAUGGUCCUCUGAGAACAAAUUCUGUUCUUACCUCAUCAGAUAAAACAAAUGGCCAGUCAGUCAGGUGUAUUGGUGCAACCUUUUUUUAGAUGCCUGACGUUGUAUCACUGGGCUGUGCUGAGGUAGAGGGCACAGGAUUAUCUCUGGGCUGUGCUGAGGUAGAGGGGACAGGAGCAUCUCUGGGCUGUGCUGAGGUAGAGGGGAUAGAAGUAUCACUGGGCUGUGUUGAGGUAGAGGGGACAGGAGUGUCACUGGGCUGUGUUGAUGGAGAGGGGACGGGAGUGUUUGAUGCUACAUCACUGGGCUGUGCUGAGGUAGACGGGACAGGAGUGAUUGAUGCUGCAUCACUGGGCUAUGUUGAGGUAGAGGGGACUGGAACACUGGAUGCUGUAUCAUUGGGCUGUGUUGGGAUAGAGGGGACAAGAGUGUUUGAGGCUGCAUCACUGGGCUGUGUUAAGGCAGAGGGGACAGGAGGAUCACUGGGCUGUGUUGAGGCAGAGGGGACAGGAGGAUCACUGGGCUGUGUUGAGGUAGAGGGGACAGGAGUGUUUGAUGCUACAUCACUAGGCUUUGUUGAGGUAAAGGGGACAAGAGUGUUUAAUGCUGCAUCACUGGGUUGUGUUGAGGUAGAGGGGACAGGAACACUUGAUGCUGUAUCACUGGGCUGUGUUGAGGUAGAGGGGACAGGAGUGUUUGAUGCUACAUCACUAAGUUUUGUUGAGGUAAAGGGGACAGGAGUGUUUGAUGCUGCAUCACUGGGCUGUGUUGAGGUAGAGGGGACAGGAGUGUUUGAUGCUACAUCACUGGGUUGUGUUGAGGUAGAGGGGACAGGAACACUUGAUGCUGUAUCACUGGGCUGUGUUGGGAUAGAGGGGACAAGAGUGUUUAAUGCUGCAUCACUGGGCUUUGUUGAGGUAGAGGAGGUGUCAGCAGAUGGCCCAGGAGGUGCAGGGUGGGGUUCAAGUAUUUCAAAGGUGCAUCUGAAGAGAGUUGUCCAUGUGACCACUGGGUGUUACAUUAUAUUAAUAAAAAGCUGUUGCUGGGGAAACUACAAUAAACAAAUAGCAAGAGUAAUUACACCUAGAAUUCAUGCACAAAACAUGUAUUCAACAUGUAUGCACUUUUCUAGCAUACUGUUUGCAAUAACAUAUAAUACUAAUAAAUAAUGAAAAUGCAAAGGUUUACAACUAUUAAUUACAAUUUAGUAGGAAAGAGGCGCAACAGUUUUUGACCAUAUGACAACAAUUUGUUUGUAUUGUCUUUAUUUUCAAGUAAACAGUCAAAUGAAGAACCUUGUAGAUGUUUUAUUCACGUCAGUCUUAUUGCUUCACAUAGACAACUGUGAUUGAAUUUUUUGAGAAAGCUGCGCUACUACACCAUUUCUGCUACGAUAUAUUUGAUGAAAUGUUUGUUUCACUUUGUCAUCAAGGGGUAUUGUAUGCACGUUGAUGGCAAUGUUUUUUUAAAUAAUUUAUACAUUUAGCCUGUGUAAAUGUAUGUGCAUUCAAAAUGGAAGGGGUCUGGAUAUUUUCUGAAGACACUGUUUAUGAAGUAAAGGUAUAAGAACAUAGAGUAUUAAUGUCAUUAUAAGUCCUGUGACAUGAAAAGGUCCAAAAGGAAGUAGUUUCUUAAUAUUAUUUGCUUUAUUACACCUAAAAUAAUAAAAUCUGUCUGCAGAGGUUUUUCUCUGAAAGUGAAA